UUCUUCUUUAGAAAACCCAAAACUCGUGGGUACUUUCCAUCAGUCUAGAAGUCCCAUUUAUAAAGCUCAAAUCAGAAACACUUCUUCAUCAAAGUUGUUCAUCUGCUCGAGUACUAUAACAUAUCGAAAACUUAGCAUAAUCAGAUCAAUCUAGCUACCUCAAACGGGCUCUGAUAUUUCUGUGUUCAUCCAUAGCUGGUGAUGAUAUUGGUAGAUGAUGCUGGAGGAUCAUAUGCACGUAUUGACCAUUCACCAUGGAACGGAUGUACAUUGGCCGAUUUUGUGAUGCCCUUCUUCCUCUUCAUUGUGGGGGUCGCCAUAGCCCUUGCUCUCAAGAAAAUUCCCAAGAUCAAUGAUGCAAUCCAGAAGAUUAUUUUAAGGACAUUGAAGCUUAUGUUUUGGGGAAUCAUUUUGCAAGGAGGAUACUCCCACGCGCCAGAUGAUCUCUCUUAUGGAGUUGAGAUGAAGCAAAUUCGAUGGUUUGGCAUCCUUCAGGAUUGGAGGGUUCGUCGCGUUCCUCGUCUACAUGAUUACAACCUUUUCAUUGUAUGUUCCGGAUUGGAGUUUUGUGGUACACAACAAAGAUCACGGAUCGAAAGAAUACUGGGUUAAGUGUGGGAUGAGAGGACAUCUAGGACCUGCUUGCAAUGCAGUUGGAUAUGUGGAUCGACAGGUCUGGGGCAUAAACCAUAUCUACACACAACCUGUUUGGAGACGCU